CACAAACAAGGAAGAGACGUUUAGUCGAUGUUUGGUGGUUCACAAAAAUGGGAGUGAGAAAGUUCUGCGGGAUUUUGCUGAGUUUUUGCUGCAUAAUCGUGAGCGCCUCCGGAUCUUCCGAUGUGUUCGAUAGUGUUUUGGGAAACACGGCGUCUUGUCAUAAUACAUGUCAGAUGCACAGUUUGCACACUUAUCCACGGGAGGAAACUCUGUACGCCUGCCAGAGAGGAUGCCGUCUCUUCUCCAUCUGCCAGUUUGUAGGUGACAGCAAAGAUCUCAAUGAAACCAAAUCCGAAUGCGAGUCAGCCUGUCGUGAAGCAUACGCCCAGUCAGAUGAGCAGUACGCAUGCAAUCUAGGAUGUCAGAGUCAACUACCAUUUGCAGAGCAAAGGAUGGAACAGUUGAUGACAAUGUUGCCCAAAAUCCAUCUUUUAUACCCGCUGACACUGGUGAGGGGUUUUUGGGAUGAGAUGAUGAGUCAAGCCAACAACUUCAUCACCUCGUCCUGGACAUUUUACCUCCAGGCAGAUGAUGGUAAAGUUGUCAUUUUCCAGUCUGAGCCGCAAGUUCAGUUUAUGCCUGAGUUUGAGUUUCAGAGAGAGGAGACAGAUGAGCCACGGAGCAUUUUUUCUCCAAGGACCUCUUCUGACCAGUCAUUACUGUUUUCCAGCCUAAUUGAAAAUCGGGGAAUGUACAAUCCUGUUUAUAAAGACUUUCCGAGGAGCUCCAUCCAGGAGAGAGACAGAGACAUGUUCUUUGAUAGAAGCAACUCUGAGGACAAAUACAACCUUUUCAGCUGCCUCUCAAGGAACCCGUGGCUGCCCAGCUGGAUCCUGACCACCACUCUGAUUUUAUCUGUCUUUGUUCUAAUCUGGAUCUGCUGUGCCACAGUGUCCACAGCUGUUGAGCAGUAUGUCCCUGCUGAGAAACUAAGUAUAUAUGGGGAUAUGGAGGACAAGAAGGACCAGAAACUGAUGCCUUAUGUGCAGUCCUCUCUGGUGAUUAUCAGAUCUCCUGGGGGAGAGGAGCAGGAAGCAGGACCUCUUCCAUCAAAGGUCAACCUGAAUCAAUCUAACAUUUAAGAGUAAGAUCUUUCCAAGGAACUCCUUAAGUCUUAAUGAUGGAUAUUUGGUCUUCUCAGUCCAAACUUUGUGAUUGUUGCUUAAAACUCUAUAGCUAUUUACUAUCGAUAUUUUGGUUUCUCCUUUUUCAAAUUUGAGAAGUAUGGACUAUGGGGAAUAUUUUCGAUGUUUUGGCACUUUAAAGGCAUUACCAAUCAGAAUGAAAGCUCUGUAGUGUUUUCUACCCAUUUGUAGAGAGAAUGUUUUUGUUUUCCUUUUGUGUGUGUUCUUGGUGAAAUCAAUAACAGUUUGUGAUUUGUGGUACAACAUUUGUGUUGCACAGUGAAAUUUAACAUUUCGAUUUAUGCUAUCUCAGAUAUCUUAGCCAUUGGUGAGUGAAAGUUUGUUGAACUGUUACAGAAUCACUCAUAAUUGAAUUUCAGGCAAUAUAAAUGAAAAUAUUUAGCAACCUCAGAUUUGUCAUCUUAAAAUUAAUAAAGAAAAAUACCAA